CUCUCUCUCUCUCUCUCUCUCUCUCUCUCUCUCUGCUUGUGUGUGUAUGAUAUAUCGGUGAGGAUUCGGCACAUCGAGAGUGAGACUUUUUCUCUUAUAACAGAGAAAAGAUCCAUAUUUCCAAAAGAAAAUUGUGGAAGACAAAUGUUUUUAAUUUGUUUAUUUGUCUUUGUUUGAAUGAUUUGCAGGUUUUGAUUGAUUCCCACUAUUUGUGAUCAGGGCAUAGAAAGAGAAAUGAUUCACUUUGUGCUUCUUAUAAGUCGACAAGGCAAGGUGAGGCUGACAAAAUGGUAUUCUCCUUACUCCCAGAAGGAACGAACCAAGGUGAUUCGAGAGCUUAGCGGAGUGAUUCUUAUGCGUGGCCCCAAACUCUGUAAUUUUGUUGAGUGGAGGGGAUUCAAGGUCAUAUAUAAGAGAUAUGCUAGUCUUUACUUCUGCAUGUGCAUAGAUGCUGAUGACAAUGAACUGGAGAUUCUCGAAAUAAUUCACCAUUUUGUUGAAAUACUCGACCGUUACUUUGGAAGUGUUUGUGAGUUGGACCUAAUCUUCAAUUUUCACAAGGUAAAUUUGGGGAAUUCUUUUCUCAGGAAAUGUAUUGUCGAAGAUGAUUAUCCAGGCACAGAGGGAACUAUUGUCGAGUUCUUUAGAGAUGCUUUCAAGACUGAGCCCAGGCUAAAGUUUAAUUUGGACCAGGUUAACAUUUAA